AUGUCUAACAUGGCUCCAACAGAAGGACUAGAUGGGAGGAAGAUAGUGUAUGAUGAGGACGGAAAACCUUGCCGUUCCUGCAAUACACUACUGGAUUUCAAAUUUGCCACAGGCAAGAUCACAAGCAAAAUGAAUUCACCAAUUCAAACGCCGACUGAAUCAAAAGACAAUGCUAUGCCUAUGAUUCCUGGGCAUAAGACUCAUGCAAAAGUUGAUCCACCUGAUGUCGAGAAAUUAGGAAGAUCAUCGUGGGAUCUAUUACAUAGCAUUACGGCAAGAUAUCCCGUCAAGCCCACUGAGCAGAAUAAGUCUGAGAUGAAGCAGUUCUUAACCCUUUUCUCGCACGUUUACCCAUGCUCCUGGUGUGCUAGAGACUUCGAGAAGUUUAUUGCCAAGCAUGCACCAAAAGUUAACUCUCGAGAUGAGCUAGGCAGGUGGAUGUGUGAAGCACAUAAUGAGGUGAAUGCUAAACUUAUGAAGGAACAGUUUGAUUGCAACCUUUGGGAUAAAAGGUGGAAAGACGGUUGGGAUGAGUGA